UUACUUUUGAUGAGGCCAAAACUGCAGCUGCUGCGGUUCGAACCUUGUCUCCUAAACCAAACCCUGCUAAAACCCUAAAAAUGUCCACACCACAGUAUAUCCCUGCACAAGAAAGCUCUUUCAUCCCUAUCUUCUCUCUCAAAUUCUAAAAGAGAAAAGGAAAAGAAAAGAAGAACGAACCCUAAUACCAUAUCAGAAAUGAGACAUUCAUGGCGAUUACUUCUCUUCCGGAACUACCCUCGCUCCUCUCUCAGAACCCAUCAGCAUCAUUUCCAGGUGCACUCUUCCUCUUUAUCUCAUAUCCGAUCUCUCUAUUCACUUCACACAUUUUCACAGCAAUCUCAUUUGUUGGACUUUAAAAACAACAAACGAAUCAAUUUGAACAAAGGCCCAACUGCUUAUAAUUUUUCAUCAGACGCAUUAAUUGAAUCAGAAAACAAAAAGGAACCAGAUCCUCAGUGUUUACUUAUAUCUGAUAUUUUUACCAAAUUUAGUGAUGUUAAUGAUAUUACUAAAGAUUUGGAGUUGAAUAAUGUUGUUGUUGAUCAUGAGUUGGUUUUGAAAGUUUUGAACUUUCUUGAGUGUAACCCUGACGUUGCAAGAAAGUUUUUCGAUUGGGUUUUGGAAAAGGAUUCUGAGAGACUGAGCUCCAAAGCUUAUAAUUUGAUGCUAAAAGUUUUGGGGUUCAAUGGGUUUGUUGAGGAGUUUUGGGAUUUAGUUGAAAUUAUGAAGAAAAAAGGAUAUGGUGUGUCAAGGGGUACUAGAGAUAAAGUAGCUGAGAAAUUUGAGAAAGAUGGGUUGAAGAGUGAUUUGGAGAAACUAAAAGAGGUUUUUGCUUCAGGAUCUGUGGAUCAUUCUCUGGAAAAGAUUGCUUUAAGGAUGAGUAGGAUUGUCAGGAAUCAAGUUUGGGGAGAGGACGUUGAAAAGCAGAUUAAGGAUUUGAAUGCUGUUUUUUCGAGUGAUAUGGUGAAAAUUGUGUUGGAGAAUUUAGCUAUGGAACCAAGGAAAGCUUUGAUUUUUUUUAGGUGGGUUGAGGAGAGUGGGUUGUUUAAGCAUGAUGAAAGAAGUUAUAAUGCAAUGGCUAGGGUUUUGGGAAGGGAAGAUUGUGUUGACAGGUUUUGGAAGGUUGUUGACGAAAUGAGGAGCAGUGGUUAUGAAAUGGAGGUGGAGACAUAUGUUAAGGUUUUAGGACGAUUUGUGAAGAGAAAAAUGAAUAAGGAAGCUGUGGACUUGUAUGAGUUUGCGAUGGGUGGUGCUAAUAAGCCUUCAGUGCAAUGUUGUACCUUUUUGUUAAAGAAGAUAGUGGUUGGUAAAGAAUUGGACAUGAAUUUGUUUUCAAGGGUUGUAAGGAGCUUUAUUGGGAAUGAUAAUAUGUUGACAGAUACUAUGCUCGAUGCAGUUCUUAAAUCUCUAAUGAGUGUUGGAAGAUUGGGAGAGUGCAAUAAGGUUUUGAAUGAAAUGAAGGAAGGUGGAUUUGUAGCUGGUGGCAAUAUGCAAAGGAAGAUUGCGUUCAGGCUUACUAGUGCUGGUAAUAAGGAUGGCACUGAUGAAUUUAUGGAUAAUAUGGAAGCAGCUGGGAGUAAUUUGGAUUACAAGGCCUUGGUCUCUUUAAUCCAGGGGCAUUGUGUAUCUGGGGAUCUCGAAAAAGCAUCUGAUUGUUUCCAAAAGAUGGUUGACAAAGUGGGAGUUUCUAAUACUGGUUAUGCCUUCGAUUAUUUGGUAAAUGCAUAUUGUAACAGGGACAGAGCUCUAGAUGCAAGCAAGCUUCUGCAUGAGUACGUCAGUCAUAAUGAGUUAAAACCUUGGCAUGCUACUUAUAAGACAUUGAUAAGUAAAUUGUUGAUUCAGGAUGGAUUUACAGAUGCCUUGAAAUUACUGGAUUUGAUGAAAGAUCAUGGUAAUCCACCUUUUCUGACUCCAUUUAUUAAGCAUGUAUCAAAGCGUGGAACAGGUGAUGAUGCAAUUGUUUUUAUGAGGGCAAUGACUACUAAGAAGUUCCCUUCUACAUCUGUGGUUCUCCGGCUAUUUGAAGCAUUUUUUAAAGCUGGGAGGCACUCUGAAGCGCAAAUUUUUUUGUCUAAAUGCCCACAUUAUAUCCGCAACCAUGCUGAUGUUUUGAAUCUCUUCUAUUCAAUGAAAGCUGGUAAAGAUACUGCUGCUGCUGCUGCUGCUGCUGCAGCUGUAGCUGAUAAAGAUACUGCUGCUGCAGCUGCUGUCUAGGAUUUGUUGUAACGUCGAAUAUUUAUAUUUUGAGGUUGAUAGCGCGGCAUUUGUUCAAAAGUUUUGGUCCGAGAAGUUUUGACACCUGCUUUGAACUUUUGCCUCUAAAGUACAAUCGACUAUUCUUUUUUUUUUUUUUUUUUCUUUUCUUUACUGGAAAUAAGUUUUUAGAUAGUUCAAGUAAAAAAGUUUUUAUUUAUUCACUGAUGGGAAUUUGUCUUU